GCCCGCUCGCCCACUGUGCUCAACACGCCAGUGCCCAUGACUUUCUUCUCUACCUGGGAGGUGGACUGCUCCAGACCUAGCUGCGUGCCCAGAUUGUGCAGCGUCACUUUAAAGAAGCUGGUGGUCUUGAAGGAGCUGGAGAAGGAGCUCGUCUCCUUGGUGAUAGCAGUGCAGAUGCAGGGCUCCAAGGGCAUCUUGAGAUCCCAUGAGAUUGUGCUGCCCAGCAGCGGGCCAGUGGAGACUGACCUGGCGCUGACCUUCUCCCUGGAGUACCCCCACUUCCUCAAGAGAAAAGGCAACCAGCUGCAGAUCAUGCUGCAGCAGAGGAAGUGCAGUAACAACCGGACCAUCCUGGGCUACAGGACACUGGCCACAGGGGCCGUCCACAUGGCGGAGCUGAUGCAGCGACCCCCUGAGGGUGGCCAGGUGCUGAGCCUCAGCAGCAGGAUCCGGGGGUCCUCCAUCACGGUGGCUGAGAUCUGGAUCUCCUCCCUAUCCAGUCAGCCCAUCGACGACGAGGAUGGCAGCAUGCAGGCCAGCCCCAAGGCCAAGUCCAUGGAUAGCCUCAUGGAGGGGAAAUCUGAAAGCUUCACUGAGCUGGACGACAGCUGCAAUCUCACACACAGGCACGACCUGGAAGAAGCUGACUUUGACCUGGGGCAGCCCAAGAAGCAGCAGCGAUGCAUGCAACGAAACUUGAAGCAGAAAGCCAUGGCACCGCUUCCCAGGUCCAACAUGUCAGAAGAAGUCCUGGACUCGGAUCAGGACCCUAAGGAGCAUGUCCCUGAGGUGGCGGAGGACCUGGACCUUCUCUAUGACACCCUUCAGAAUCCCAGCGACAGUGGCCCAGACAUGGAGGACGAUAGCAGCAUCCCCAGCAACACCAAGCCCAAGGCCAGACAAUACUCUGAUGGCCUGGCACACUCCAGCUGGCAGACGGAGGCGAGGAGCUUACACAGUGCCCGGAGCCAGAAGGAGCCUCCUCCGCCGGCCGACAUGCCCGGGAAGACCCAGGGCCCGGGCGGCAAGCUGUUCAGUGGCAGUGCCUCUGACUCGAUGGCCUGCAGCACCCCACCCUCCAAGGUGGUCAAGAGCUGCAUCUUCUCCCAAUCGAGCCCGACCGUCAACCACCUGGACAACGCCAUGCCGGCCAGCACCGAGGUGGAGGCCACGCAUAACUUCUCUGAGGGAGAGCCUGAGAUCGUCUGCUCUGAGCUGGAGGUCAGCUACAAUGCCUCCUACAGGCAUGACCUGGACGAGGAUGACUUGGACCUGGAGAAACCGAUAGGAAGGAGCAGGUCCACAAUCAAGCAACAGAACUACCAGCAGAGAGUCGCAGAGUGGCUGCACAGGUACCAAAUGACGCUGGAGGUCCUGGACUCGGAGCAGGAGUCUGAGGAGGAAGUCCCCGAUGUGGACAAGGACCUGGCCUUUCUGUUUCAGAGCGUGGUGUGCCCCAUGGACAGUGGCUCAGACAUGGAGGAGGAUGACCGUCUCCCAACCCCUCCCAUGCCUGAGCUCAUGUCAUAUUCUGAAAGCCUGUCCAGCCCAGAUAUGGAGGAGGACGACAGAGUCCUCAGGACCCACAGGCCCAGAUUAUACUGUGAAAGCCUUUCAAGCGACAGUGGCUCCGACUGGGGGGCCCACAGCAUGCCCCACCCUGGGGAGCAGCCGGCACAGCCUGGGGACAGCCCGGAGGCAGGGACCUCUGCCCAGGACAUGCUCACUACGAGGCGCACCACCAAGACCGAGUCUCUGGUCAUCCCUUCCACCAGCUCCAAGGGGAAGCAGCCCGCCCGCCGGGGCUGGAGCAGGUCCCUGAAUGAGUCGGCCAACAGCCUGAUCAAGGAGCGCUGUCCGGCCCCACAGAGCCAACUGCAGGUCCCCGGUCAGACUGUGUUCGACCAACUGAACCACAGCCUCAUCUCCAACGACUAUCUGCCCAAGAACAUCAUCCUCAUCAACACCUCCGACAGGCGGGGGCAGUCCCUGUCCGACGUCCUGCAGCAGCACGCGCUGCCCGUCGUGUGCACCGGCUCCAUGGUGGAUGUCCAGGAGGCCUUCAGCUCCAUCAUCUCCUGGAUACAAAGAUACCGCAACUGCAAUACCGAGGCCACCAUGCCAGUGAAGAUCGCGGUGGCGGGGGACCAGCACUACUUCAGCACCGUGCUGCGGGUCUUUGUGCAGCAGCUGUCCCACAAGGCCCCGGACUGGCUGGGCUACAUGUGCUUCCUGGUCAUCCCGCUGGGUUCCCACCCCUUGGCCAGGUACCUGGGCUCCGUGGAUUGCCGCUACCACAAACUCUUACGGGACCUGGCCUGGUGGGAACUGUUCUACCACCUGGAGGCCCAGGAUGCGGUGCAGAACAUUGUGUUGAAAAUCAGAGAGUACCUCACGGGGGCCAACUGUGUCCUCCAGCUGCCCAUCGCAGAGGCCAUGCUCAUCUCUAAGCCGAAGAGCCCGGACGAGCUGUCCUCGCAGAAGUUCCUUCCCUUUGUGGGGGCCGUGAAAGUUGGAAGAGUGGAGCCAAUUUCAGCCACGUCAGGAGACUCAGCUGAAGCCGUCCCCUCGUGCUCCAAUGUGCUUCUGUCCACCGCCAGGGAGGCCACACACAAGCUCAUUUCCUUGUCGUCAGUGAGUGGGGGCCUGUCCUCCCCCGGCCAGAGUGGGGGUGCUGAGCUGAUGGAGCUGCAGGUGGAUUACUGGACGGCAGCCCAGCCCACAAACAGGAAGAGGAGCGCGGAGAAGGAAGACCUGCCCGCCACCAAAAACACACUCCGGUGCACCUUCAGGUCUCUCCAGGUCAGCAGGCUGCCCAGCAGCGGCGAGGCUGCAGCCACGCCCACAAUGGCCAUGACUGUGAUCACCAAGGAGGAGAAAAAGAAGGAGAUGUUUUUGUCCAAGAAAGACAAGGGCACGAACUUGGAGUCCAACAGCCAGUGCAUCCAGGGCAUCGGCCGCUUGGUCUGCUCAGCCCAGAACCAGGAGCACAGGCAGCGGGUCCUCAUUGACGGCGUGGAGUGGAACGACGUGACGUUCUUCCAGCUGGCAGCCCAGUGGUCCUCCCACGUCAAGCACUUCCCUGUCUGCAUCUUCGAACACAACAAUUCCACCUUCUAGCCCUGUCCCUCCCCCUGCCCUUCACUCUGCCUGGGCCAAGCCCAGGAGGACCCAGCUGCUUUUCUGCCAACAGUUCAGUUUACUAUAGACACAGACCCUGGAAACACAGAGAAACUGUUUUGAAUUUGAAUGCGCUCACAGCCUGGAACCUAAGGGGGUUGCCCUCACUGAGACCCCCAUAUGCUCUGUUCAAUAACCAGAAAGGUCCGGCAGGUGGGAGGUCAGGAGAUCAUAGUUGAGCUGGAGCAUCAUGGAAGGUGUGUUUUGACCUCAGGACCCCCAGCACUGUCAGUGAGAAGGCUUCUGGCCUUGGAGACCUGCCCUUCCUGGAAACCAGGGCUCAGCUUAACCCUGGGAGCCGGCACCAGCCUGUGCCCAGACACAGAGCUGGGCGGCCAGAGGCAAAGAGCUGGCCUCCCAUUGGGGCAUCCGGAGCACAACACGGGGGCCAGCCAGCCCAGCCUUAGACCCCAGCUGCCAACCAACCAAGUGGCCCCAGCACCAUCCACUUAUGGUUCCCAAUGAACUCCGGUCUCACAGGGUGUCAUAACAAAAAAGAGCUGUACGAUGCAGAUCACACAGGCACACGGGGUGGAAUCACCGGUGCCCUCCUUGCUGAGCAGCGACCCACCUUCGUCCCUACCUCUUCAGGUUAUCACAGAACAUUUGCUGCCACCCAACAGCUGUACCAACUAUUUACAAGGUGAGCAGCCUGCCCCUCCACAGCACAGUGGUCAUGUGGCCCCUUGCUGGCUGUGAAC